AUGAUUCAUGAGGAUAUAAAAAAGUCCACUACAUUACUACGUCAUCUCAACCUAGUGCAUACUCAAGGUUAUGCAGACAAUUCAUUGAAUUUGGAUGGAGUUCACGAGGAUGGGGACAAGUUUGGUCAGUGUUUGUCCUGUUGCAAGUUCCACUCUUCUAAUUCAUGUAAAUUUCAUAAUUCUAAAUGCUUCAAAUGUCGUGAUAUUGGACAAGUUCAGUCAGUUUGUAAUGCUAAUGUUCAUCUUACUGCAAUUAAUAUUAAGUCUUGUAAUUCUGAUUCUACUGAGUCGAGUAUUCAUGAUGAUCAUUUAUCUUUAUCAACGAUUUCAAAAGACAGUGCAGAGUCAUAUGGCAGUUCAGAGUUAAAUGAAAUCCAGAAUUCUUGUGAGACAACAUUUCCUAAUCAACCGAUUUAUCAGAAUUCUCAUGCUAUUGUACCAAGUAUGACUUUUCAUAAUGAUUCACAUAUUUCUAAUGAAAUUACUUGCAAUUCUGAGGAAAAUAUGUUAAAUGAACCUAAUCAUGAUCGAAAACCUGAUGUGGUUUGGAUAGAUGCUGAUUUUUCUAACGAUCCUACGCUCUGCAACGACAGUCCUGAUGAAUUUCAUGAGAAUAUUUCAGAAGAAUCAAAUCCUGAUGUCAUAUCAUAUAUUACCUAUCCUCAUAAUGUAUUUGAUCUUCGUGAAAAACCUGCCCAAUGCGAAGCACGAGUACUAAGUGACCUCGAGUUUUAUUAUAUUUCGGAUGAUUUCAUAUCAACUGCUGUUUACUCUUAUCACAAAAACAGUUCUAAUGUUUACUCUAAACAAUGUGAGAUAUAUGUUUUAAAUGAAGCCACAUUAUUCAUAACUUGGGAGUAUAAAGAUCCAACAUUAUUUCGUGGGGGGGGAUAGUGUUGAAAAAUCUAUGGUUCGAAUUCUAGAUAUCAAUGAUUUCAUUACAAAACCGACAUGCUGGUUGUAUACAAUUCCAGGACUGCAAUUGAUCAAUCUCUUUUGGCAUAUAUGCGUCUUGUGCGAACUGCCUGUUAUGUCCCGACAACAAUAAUGUAUGGUAACUUUUGGGAUCUAUUGAUGGACCAAUACUGUGCGUAUAUUUCUAUCGUAUAAUUGUCAAUUAACUAAACUAUUCAUAUCCAUGUCUCUAUUAUCAUAAGCUUCAUCUUAACCUAAGAACUGUUAUUAUACGAUUUUCAAUUCUUGAAUUAUUCCCUGUCUAUUAGUCACUGCCUCCCUUAUUCACAGCCACAUCUGGCUAAUAAUUGUACAAAUAUUGUUUCAUAUUUUAUUGGUACGUUGUGGUCUGUUUGAUUGGUAUAUAAACUCAGUAUUUUUGAAAUAUAAAGAUU